UUCUGUUCAGGGAAAAUGCAUAGGACUAUUUGUUUUCAGUUUUCGAUUCGAAUGUUGUUACAGUGUAAAUGCGGUUAAAGAGUCAAUCUAAAAAAGCUUUUGAUUUACGUGCGUCCACUGGGUUUUUGUUUUGUUUUGUUUUUGUUUUGUUUUUUUCCAGAUUUAUUUUAAGCAAAUGUAAAGGUACGGAUUUUGAAUUUGGAGGGGGAGAGGGGCUGGGCCGUGACGGUACACGCACGAGGCAGUGAUUUCUUACGGCUUUGCUUUGCUCUUCUUCGCUGACUCCUACGGAUCGCUUGCUCUCGCGCGCCCUGUGUCUGUUGACGUUAUUCGCGCAAACAGCGAGCGAGGCAGCGCUGUCUCGCGGCGGCAAUCGCGUUUUUCCAAACACCUCUUUAUAAGUCCGAAGUCUUUCCCCUCCACCCGACCUGUUAAAACCACGCCUACGGAGGCACACAAUUGGUCCUGAAAGCGUCAAAGAGCCAAUCAACGGAGUCUGGCGUCUGGCAACGCGCGUCACAUCCACACGGCGCUGGAGCUCAUGGAAUUCAGAAGCAGAUCUCGGUGCUGGGAACUCGCUACCUCCGCGCGGGCCAAACGGACUUUCUCCAACGUUUGUGUGUGUGUAUGUGUGCGUGUGUGUGUGUUUUAUUUUUUUUAUUAUUUUGUAAGAAACGCGUGUCCGCGUGAAGACAUAGGCUAUGUAAUAAACUAAUGGACUCGGGGAAAUUAAUUUGAGCCUCCAGUGCGUCUGUUUGGAAGGUGGAAGGAGUGAUCUAAACGCAAACGCAGCGGACGCGUUUCCAGCAGAAUGUAGAUUUUGAACACCAGCAACGUGAACGUAUAUUUAAUAAAAUCACUGUGACUCGUUCUCUUUUGGUUUUGUAUUUGUGUAUGUGUGUGUGUGUGUGUGUGUGAGAGAGAGAGAGAGAGAGAGAGAGAGAGAGAGAGAGAGAGAAAGAGAAAGAGAGUGUGUGUGUGUGUUUUCCCCUCGUUUUGGCUAAGCGAGCUGUACACACGUACAACAGCCAUUGAAGAUAAACUAUACAGCAACGCCGGCGAAGGACUUAAUGGAUAGCCUUCUGUUGUUUUCUGUUGCAGUCACUUUGCUGGAAUCCAUCUAACGAAGAACACCAGGCUAAUCGAACCUAGGCGGUGGAUGCUUAGGUUUUAUUUACAAAACUGGAUUUCAGCGGAUUUCUAAAAAACUGGAGAAAGAAUCGGACUCUCCAGCACUGUUAGAAAACACAAAACAAGGCAGAACUUCUAGACUAUCAGAUAUUGCUAUAUGCAAUAUCUGGACUUUUGGAUGAACUUCCUGAUGAGAGAUCCAGUUAUCCAAGGCUCGAGUAUGGCAUACCACCCGUUUUUACCUAACCGGGGACCAGAGUUUGCCAUGAGCGCCAUGCUGGGCCACCAACCGCCCUUCUUCCCGGCUCUGGCACUGCCACCAAAUGGCUCGCUUUCGCUACCAGGAGCGCUCGGGAAGCCCAUCAUGGAGCAGUUGAUGGGGACCGCGGAUUCGGGCCUGCAUUUCUCCUCUCUGGGGCAUCAGGCCGCCGCUGCUCAUCUUCGGCCUCUAAAAACACUCGAGCCGGAGGAGGAAGUGGAGGACGACCCAAAAGUUCAUCUCGAAGCGAAGGAACUUUGGGAGCUUUUCCACAAGUGCGGCACAGAAAUGGUUAUCACCAAAUCAGGAAGACGAAUGUUUCCUCCGUUUAAAGUACGAUGCACUGGCCUGGACAAGAAAGCCAAAUAUAUUCUGUUGAUGGAUAUUGUAGCGGCGGACGACUGUAGGUAUAAAUUUCAUAAUUCGCGUUGGAUGGUGGCCGGUAAAGCUGACCCCGAAAUGCCAAAGCGGAUGUACAUUCACCCCGACAGCCCAGCCACUGGCGAGCAAUGGAUGUCCAAAGUCGUCAACUUUCACAAACUUAAACUCACCAACAAUAUCUCCGACAAGCAUGGAUUUGCCUUGUUUUCGGUGCAGACCAUUUUGAACUCCAUGCACAAAUACCAGCCAAGAUUUCACAUCGUUCGAGCCAACGACAUUCUCAAGCUCCCCUACAGCACGUUCAGAACUUACGUUUUCCCCGAGACUGAUUUCAUUGCUGUUACUGCGUACCAAAACGACAAGAUUACGCAGCUGAAAAUCGACCACAAUCCGUUCGCUAAGGGGUUUCGAGAUACUGGAAAUGGAAGGCGUGAAAAAAGGAAACAGUUGGCCUUACAGUCUUUAAGAUCAUACGAGGAACCACAGAAGAAAGAGAACGGCACGUCUGACGAUUCAUCCGGCGAACAGACUUCGUUCAAAUGUUUUCGUCAGGCUUCAUCUCCUGCUGUGGCCACCGUGGGUCGGCAGAGCUUAAAAGAUUUCUGCGACAGCGACGAAGACAGUGACGAGGACGACAGAGAUGCAAACCCCAAGGAAGGACCAGAGUCAAGCAAAAUCUCCACCACCACCAGUGAAGACGCAAAGGAACGCGAGGGUGCUUUGAACAAACUCAGCUCGUUUGGAGACGGUGACUCUCGGUUGAGAGAGAGCAGGACUGAGAAAAGCCGUGCCGAUUCACGACAGAGCCCUGUAACGCUGAUUUCCAGCACCACACGCUCGGGAGAAGAGCUCAAAAGUCCCGCUGGAGAGCAGCCCAAACUAGACGAGUGCCGCUCCGUGAGCAAGGAGAGUUACACGACACCACUGACUGUUCAGACAGACGCCGGCGCGCAUCUGCACCAGAGCCACUUGCACAGUUUCGGAUUUCCGCCCGGUUUGGCCGGGCAGCAAUUUUUCAAUCAUCUUGGAAGCGCCCAUCCUUUCCUCUUGCAUCCCAGUCAGUUCAAUUUGGGAGGUGCGUUUUCCAAUAUGGCCGCCGGGAUGGGGCCACUAUUGGCAGCCGUGUCCUCCGGAGGAGUGACCAGCAUGGACACGACCAGCAUGGCGUCACCGUCGCAAAGUCUGGCUGGAGCGCCGGGAGUGCCUUUUCAUCUGCAGCAACACGUCCUGGCAUCUCAGGGAUUGGCGAUGUCUCCCUUUGGAGGCCUUUUCCCAUAUCCCUAUACUUACAUGGCAGCAGCAGCUGCAGCUUCUUCCGCAGCCACCUCCUCGGUCCAUCGCCACCCGUUCCUUAACGCCGUACGCCCGCGGCUCCGGUACAGCCCUUAUUCAUUACCGAGUGUCCCGGACAGCACUUUGCUCACAACCGCCAUUCCUCCCAUCGACCUGAAGGGGGACGUCAUGGCUUCCAGUCCCGUAUCUGCAACUUUGGACUCCACGUCUGAGGUGACCAGCCGUUCCUCGACCAUAUCAUCCGGCUCCGUGUCUCUUUCGCCAAAAACGGGCCCAGAUAAAGAUUCAAACAACGACUUGCAGAGCAUCCAGCGCCUCGUGAGCGGACUUGAUUCAAAGCAGGACAGAGCGCGAAGCGUCUCUCCAUAAUAAUAAUAAUUAUAAUUAUUAUUAGUAGUAAUAAUAAUAAUAAUAAUAAUACAUGAUCUGCAUCGGGAAUCAUUAAAGGACAUUGACGAUACGGAUCAUGUACGACAACGACGCCCUUCUAGCGAAAGCGGGUUUACAUAGGCUGCGGACCUAUAGAUAAAAAUAACAAUGAAAAAAGUUCGAUUUAAAAAUGCACUUUGGUAAAAGAAAAUAAAAAAAAAAAUAACUUAGUUGAGUUCUCGUCUUGUUAAAUUAAAACAAUCUCUUUUUUUUCUCCUGAUGUUUUGAAUAGAUUACCGUAGAAGUAUUGGAAAUGAACAGCUUGGCAAGGAAUAUGUCACAAGUCGAAUAAGCUGCUGCUGUCCUCUCGACGUUUUAUGUCAAGUUGCUGGGGGUUGUCAAUAGAUUCAUUUUAAUAUGCACUCUUAAUAGAUUCUUAGUUUAUUGGAUAUCUCUUUAUCUAAUAAAAAAAGACUGCUGUGUUUUUUUUUUUUUAAAUUAGUUAUUAUAUAGUCUAUUAUUUGAAGCCUGUCGUUACUGCCAGAUGAAAGCAGGCGCUCUGCAUGUAUUUUUGUUUUGUUUUGUUUUGUUUUUUUUUGGUUACCAAAUACACACACCAACAUCCAACAUGAAAAAUGACGAAGCAGUGCGUGCAAUAUUACGUAACGGGUUUACUUUCAUCUCAUGUGUAGACUGAUAUACCCUAAAUAAUUCAGCAAACAGAUUGGGGGGGGCUGUAACCAAAAGUUCUGAAUUUGCAAUUACCCAAUAAAACUCAACAGCCACAUGUAUAUAAAUAAAUGGGUUAUACCCUAAAUGAAUCAAACCAUCUGAUAUUGUAGCUUACCCCGCGGUACACAAAAACAAUCCAGCGUUAAUAUGAAUUCGGGAAAUGGGGACCCUUACCGACGGAUGCGGUUCUAAUGACUAUGUAAAUAGUGACAUAUACUGUAGCUACAAAGUAUUUAUGUAAUUAUUUCAUAUGAAUAUUGCGUGUAAAUAUGAUGGAGUUGGUUUCUUCAUAGGGGAUCUGUUAUUAAUUUAUUGUUGAUAUACUGUGUAAAAAAUCGUUUGUGAAAUAUUUUCUUUGCUUAUGACAUUCACAUUGACGUCCCUCUGACUAUGGAUUGUAAUGAGCCCCUCAAAAUAUCUGCACUGCUAGGUUCGUAGCAGACCCAUGUGCCAUUGUUCCAUACUGUUCUCUGUGUUCAAGUGUUUCUGUUCAAUUGCAUUAAAGGCGACAGCGCAUUGCGCCAGUGUCUUCAUAACGA